AUGACUCAACCACCUCAGGAAGUAAUUGACUACCUCAAGCAAUCCCACGACAAGAUCUUCGACAACAAUCGCAAAUGGGCCGAGAGCAAGCAAACCCAAGACCCUGGCUACUUUGCGCGCCUCUCCGAGGGCCAGACACCCGAGUAUCUCUGGAUUGGCUGCAGUGAUUCGCGCAUCCCCGCCGAGCAGAUCACUGGUCUCGAGCCUGGCGAGACCUUUGUCCACCGCAACAUUGCCAACCUCGUGGUCAAUACCGACCUCAACGUUAUGAGCGUCAUCAACUACGCCGUCCGCCACCUGGGCGUCAAGCACAUUGUCGUCUGCGGUCACUACGGUUGCGGCGGUGUCAAGGCUGCCAUGACCCCCAAGGACCUGGGCUUGCUGAACCCCUGGUUGCGUAACAUUCGCGACGUCUACCGCCUGCACGAGGACGAGCUCGACGCUAUCGAGGACGAGACGGCCAAGAACAACAGGCUGGUGGAGCUCAACGUGGUGGAGCAGUGCCGCAACAUCAUCAAGACGGCGGCGGUUCAGCAGAGCUAUGCGGCAAACGGGUUCCCUAUCGUCCACGGCUGGGUGUUUGACUUCUCGACAGGCUUGCUGAAGGAUCUCAACAUUGACUUUGAGUCCAUCUUGGCUAAGAUCCAGAAGAUCUACAACCUCACGGAGUAG